AUGGAGGACAGCCCCCCGCCCCCGGGCACGGAUGCAAAGCUGGGGGGGAUGCAGCAAAUCGGGGAUGCAGAGCGGCCCCAAGCCUCCCGCAAGGAUGUGAAAGGAUGGAAGGACCCCCCCGAAAGGAUUGCGCGCACGGCGCAUGUGCCCGAGCCCGCCCCCGCCCCCGCCCCGCUCCGCCCCUGCCCGGCCCGGCACCCCGAGACAGCCCCGAGCCAGCCGGGCACAGCACCGACCGAGCCAUCCCGGCACCCCGAGACAGCCCCGAGACAGCCGGGCACACCACCGACCGAGCCAUCCCGGCACCCCGAGACAGCCCCGAGACAGCCGGGCACACCACCGACCGAGCCAUCCCGGCACCCCGAGACACCCUGGCACCCCGACCCAACCCGGCACCCCCGACCCAACCCGGCACCCCCGAGCCAUCCCGGCACCCCGAGACAGCCCCGAGACAGCCGGGCACACCACCGAGCCAUCCCGGCACCCCGAGACACCCCCGAGCCAUCCCGGCACCUCGAGACACCCCCGAGCCAUCCCCGGCACCUCGAGACACCCCCGAGCCAUCCCCGGCACCUCGACCCAUCCCGGCACCCCGAGACACCCCCGAGCCAACCCCGGCACCCCCGAGCCAUCCCCGGCCCCCCCGAGCCAACCCCAGCACCCCGAGACAGCCUGAGCCAGCCCCGAGCCACCCCGGGCUAA